AUUCAUGUUUGCUAAACUGCAAUAUGUUCAGUUUUUAAUUCCAUAUCUUAAUAUACAAGUCGAAUAUAUAACAUAUCUCCUAUAAUAGUAAAUUUGAAUUUUUUAGUUAUUGCAUUUCUUUAUUUACCUUUAUCAUUUCCAAUAAAUUAUUUGUUAGAAAAAUAUGGAAUAAGGAUUUGGGUUACCUUUUCUGCAAUUUUUUUUUAGCUGCUGUAUGGUUACGUCUAUUAGUAAAUUAAAGUUUCUAUUUUGUACUUAUUGCCCAUAUUUUAAUAGGAAUAGGAAGUCCUGCAUCUGCAAAUCCAAUCACAAAAAUAAGUUCAAUAUGGUUUAGAUAAGAACAUAGAUAAAUAGUUACAUCCAUUAUAAUUUUUAGCACUUUUAUUUUUUAAAUGUUAUUUUAAAUGAUUCCUGGUAUGUGGUUAAGAAAUUAUAAUAUUGAUUAAGAUGAAAAAGAUGGAUAUAUUUAAGGCAAAAAAUUAAUUUUUUAAUUAUUAAAAUUACAUGCUUUAGCAUCUACAAUCAUCCUUAUCCCAUCAAUUAUUGUUUUUAGAGAAAAACCUCCUACUCCUCCGUCUUUUUCUGCUGAUUAAAAAAGAGAAGAGUAUUUCGAGUCUCUUAAAAUUAUUGUUAAAGAUAAAAAUUAUGUUAUUGUUUUACUCAGUUAUUCAUUAUUAUAUGGUUAAUUUGUUGCUUUUGGUAGUUCUUCUUCUUAUAUUACUACACCUUUUAAAUAUUCUACUUAGUAAUUAGCUAUUGCGUUUCUUUGUGUUAUGAUUUCUGGAUUUUUUGGUAAUAUAAUUUUAGGAUAUUUCUUUAAAAAGUCUCUAAAAUAUAAAAAAUAUAUUUGUAUAGGCAUAUUAGGUACUGUAGUAGGUUUUUUUUCAUUAUUUUCUCUUCCUGUAUUACUUGAAUUAUCUACUGAAUGUGUUUAUCCUGUAGGAGAAAAUGUUUCAGCAGGAUUUCUAUAAUCUUGUGACACUGAAGUAUAUUCAGGAUCAAGUAAAGGAAUUAUAAAUAUAUGGGAUAUAGAAUAAUAAAAAAUAUCUAAUACAUUAAAAGCACAUAAUCUAUCAAUAACAUCAUUAUCGAUAUUUCCUUUUGAAGAUUAAAAAAAUAUAUUAAUUUCAGGUUCCUAAGAUACAUUAAUAAAAGUUUGGGAUGUUAGAACUAAAUGUAUUUUAUCUACUUUAAAAGGUCAUAAUAAUCCUAUUAGUUAUUUAUCAGCAUCACCAGAUUCAAGAUUUAUAGCAUCUGGAAGUACCGAUGGAGUUAUUAAAUUUUGGGAUUUGUUUCAAAAUAAACUUAUAAGUACUUUAAUUCAUCAUGAAGAGUAAAUUACAAACCUUAAAUUUAAUCCGGUUGAAAUGGCAUUAUCGUCUUCUAGUUAAGAUAAAUGUAUUUCUUAUUAUGAUUUAGAAACUUUUUAGUUAAUAAGUAAAACAAAGCCUGAUAUAUAAUCAACACAAUCAAUUUUAUUUGAUGACGAAGGCAAAUUAUUAUAUAGUGCUUCUGAUUAUAAUUUGAAAGUUUGGAAUUUAGAAGAUAAUGCAUAAUUAUUGAUUUAAGCCGAUACUAAUUGGAAAGGAAUUUAAGACCUUCAAAAGGCAGAAUAUGGUAAUGUUUUAUUAGCUACACAAUCCUAUGGUAAUUCUUUUAAUUUAUGGGUAUGUACAUUAGAUGCUAAUUAAUAAAAAAUAAAUCAGGAUAAUUUUUAAUUUGAAAAUAAUAAUUUUCAAAGGUCUAAUUCUGAAUUGACACAUAACAUCAAUAAUGAUAACAACUAAAAAUAAGGAAAAAAUUAAUUAAUUAAGUAAUCUAGUUAAGAAAACUUUACAUUUAAAUUAUAAGAUAAUAAUUAAAUACUAUAAGUUUAGUAAUAAAUUAUUAAUAAUAGUAUUCCCAAAAAUAUUCCAGAUAUUUCUAUAACUAACUAAACAAAAACUUUAGAUAUAUCAUAAAUAAAAAAUAUAAAUUAGUUUAAACAAGAAGAAUUACCAAAAAUUUAAGAAUAAAUUGAAAAUGUUAAAAUCUAAAUUGAUUAAUAAAUAAAACAAUAAUAAAUAAAUUAAGAAUUGAAAAUUAAAAAAGAUUAAAACUAAAUAAUACUUUAAUAAGAAUAAGUAUUUUUUUUAUUAUUAUUUGUAUAUUUAUUUUAAAUUAAUUAUAAUAGUAAAAAUAAAAUUAAAACAUAAUUAAUUAAUUAAUUGAAGAAUCAAAUAUGA